CAGGUUGGGGUGAGACCACAGGCGGACGGGCGGGGCUGGGCUGGGGGGUGGCGCCAUGUAUGAAGAGAAUGGGGCCUGCGGGGUGUGUCCGCAUGAGCACCGCUGUGGACGACCCUGACUUGGAAAGUGGCCUUGCAGCCUUGGACUGGGAGGGGCUGGACCCUGGGUGGGUGCCCUUAGAGUGGAAAGAAUGACAGGUUCGAGAUGAAUGAAGGAGAGAUGUUUGACUCGGUGGCUGAGACAUCAGAGACAAGCGUUCCCAGCCUCAGGCGCUGUCCUAAGCCCAGCAAGUCACCUCAUCCCAUGUAGGAGCUGAAGCCCGGGAAACCCAAAGGGAUAGUCCAGUACCCAGAGCCAGGGGAAGGAAGAACCCGGUCUUAAACACAGGCAGCUCAUUCCAGAACCAACUCAACUUCUGUUACAGGUGGCUGGCCAGAAAAUGCCCCACCCCACCCGUUGAAAGUCGGGGAAACUGAGGUCUCGGAAGGCGAACACAAUCCUGGAGCACAGGGACCUCCAGGGACCCCCAGCAGGGGCUUAGGGGGAAGGAGGGGAUGAGGCUGGAGUCCCCAGGCCAGAGGGGUGUGGAUGGCCCAAGCUCCAAAGCACACAGAUGUUCAGGCUUGACCCUGGCUCCGGGCUCCCGUCCAACCCUGGCCGCUGCCCCACCCCUCUGCUGCACUGGGGAGAGGGGCGGCUCAGAGCCCUCUGCAUCCUCCCCUAGGGGCUCUGCAUCCGCUUUGGUGGAGGGGGUUGGUUCGGGGAGAGGCCUCGAGGUGCCAAGCCUCUCCCAGAGCAGCCGUCUCUCACAGAAGGGCAGAAGGCAGGUGAGGCUGAUGGCUUUCCCAGCUGGAGGCCGAGGAAGCAGGCUCAGCAGCUCUGGAAAGCUCUCCACAGGACACAAGCAGGAACAGCACUGCAGACAGAGGGAACAGCAGGGGCAAAGAAUGGAGGUGGCAGUGAGGGACAGCCAGGAGGCCUCGGGCCCAGCAAGCACACUGCUGAGUGGGCUCCAGAGCCCCACACAAGGACUCAGAGUCAGGGACACAGCGGCGUCCGGUGAGAUGAAGGCGCUCAGACCUGUCCUGCUUGUCCUGCUGCUAUGCGGGCGGCCAGGGAGAGGGCAGGCACAGCAGAAGGAAGAGGAGGAGGAUGAGGACUACAGGCCAGAUGGCUACGACGAGGAGGAUGAGGACGAGGUGGAAGAGGAGACCAACAGGCUCCCUGGUGGCAGGGACAGAGUGCUGCUGCGGUGCUACACCUGCCAGUCCCUGCCCAGGGACGAGCGCUGUAACCUGACACAGAACUGCCGGCAUGGCCAGACCUGCACCACCCUCAUUGCCCACGGGAACACAGAGUCAGGCCUCCUGACCACCCACUCCACCUGGUGUACAGACAGCUGCCAGCCCUUCACCAAGACGGUCAAGGGGACCCAGAUGACCAUGACCUGCUGCCAGUCCAGCCUGUGCAACGUCCCGCCCUGGCAGAGCUCCCGAGUCCAGGACCCACUGGGCAAGGGGGCAGGCAGCCCCCGGGACAGCUCCAAAACUGUGGGCACGGCCCUCCUGCUCACCCUCCUCGCCGGCCUUGGUGCAAUAGAGGCCGGGAGACCCUGACCCACCCCAGGAGACCCUGACCACAGCCCUCCCCACCCCAGGAGACCAUGACCACGGCCCUUGCCACCCCUGGGAGACCCUGACCAUGGCCCUCCCCAACCCCAAGAGACCCUCAUCACAGCCCCUCCCCACCUCUGAGAGACCCUGACUCACAGCCCUCCUCACCCCCGGAAACCCUGACCACGGCCGUUCCCAGCCCCAAGAGACCCUUGACCCAUGGCCUCUCCCUACCCCGAGCCCACCUGACUCACCCCCGGCCCAGCCAGCACUCUGUCUGGUACCUGCCCCUCCUGCCCCUGCGCCAGCUUUGGAGAAUGAAUUUGGAGUGUCUUGGGCGAUCCAGCCAUCACAGGCCCCCCUGCCCGGUUGCUUCCUCUGUUCCUGGCUUCCUCUGUUCCUGUGAGCAUCAGAACGGCAGCACGCGGGCACUAGGUCCAGGCCUUGGCCACCAUGCCUCAAGACCUGCAGCCCUCAUGGGGGUGGGGUUGUCCACCAGCCCAGCCAGGCAGAGAUGACACCCACCACAUGCCUGGGGGUCCCCACAACUAAUCCUCACCCUUUACUUUCUGCCAUGGGAAUCCCUCCAUCUGCUAGUGGCCACAUGGGCCCGCCCUGCCCUUCCCCAGGGCGGCCUCCCCACUGUCCAGAGGGAAGAGGCUUUGGAGGGAGGUGGUAGUCGCCCCUAGGAGAGACAGGCCUAGGGGGCUGCGGGCCAGAGCAGGAGGCACAUGGAGUUGAUGGGAGGAGAGGAGUAGAUGAGAUGGGAUUUUUCCAGCCUCAUCUGGCAGCACUCUAGAUUCCAGUGCCCAGGGCCCGAAGCCUCAUGGGUGUCAUGGAGGAGCCUGGGGGUGGCAGACAGGCUACCCUGUGCCAGGGAGGGGGAGGAGUGGGCCUGCGGCUUCCUUCAGGAAGCAGGACUAGGUAGCAGGGCCGGGCAGGUAGAUGGCCCAUUCUGGGAGGUCCCCAGGGGCUCCUCUGGCAGGGCUGGUGACUGCUCCAGGGUCUGCCUUCGCCACAGCCCUGGGACUGCAGGCAGAGGCCCAGCCUGGGUCACAGCUCAGCCACUCACUUGGGUCUCAGUUUCCCCUUCUGAGAAGUACAAAGUGAGACUUAAAGAACCCCUGGGUCCCUCCAGUUCUACACUCCACUCACCAGGAAGCCCAGAGUGCUGCCCGGCCUGCCAAGUUCAUCCCAGCAAGCACAGGAGGCCUCCGCUCACUAUUCUCUCCUUUUCCUCAGUAAAAAAACCCGCAAUGCCUAGCUGAGGGUCUCAAGGCAAAUGCCUUAGACGGAGGGACCACGUCUUUCUCCUUCCCCUUCCCCCUUCCUGUUGGCUGAAGAGAUGAGUGGAGCUCAGUAACCACUUUGCUCCGUGAGGCAGGACCAGGCAUCAGGGCAGCAUGGCCAGAGGGGCCUAGCUCGCUGCCGACAGAAGGCACUGCCUACCUCAGGGUCCCCUUACGUGGGAGGGGAAUAAAUUUCUCCCAUGUGGAA